GGUCGUUUUAUUUUUCAAACCAAGAAUAAUCUCUCUCUCUCUCUCUCUCUCUCUCUCUCUCUCUCUCUCUCUCUCUCUUCGCAUUAGUCAAACUGUGCUUGGGUUUUUUUUUUUUAAUCCGCAAACAGUGCUUGGGUUGUCUGUUCGAGCAAGGGAGAGUUUCUUCCAUCCAUUUUCAGAAAGACUUCAAGCUCACCCUUCAAAAGAAAUCGGAUAAAAGAUCCGACCAACCGUGGCCUACGCAAGUUGUGAGCCUCUCCAGGCGCAAAACCCAAGACUACGACGUUCGUUCCUUCUCUCUCCUCCGUACCGAUUAAUCCAAGAGAUCGAAGACCCAUUUCUCAUUGGACCAAAAUGUGGUAACCCAUUUCUUCUGCACCCGAGUUUUUUCAUUAUUUGAGCUUGAAAUCUCGUUUUUGUUUGAGCUAUUCAGCUGAACUUUUUCGCGACUUAUUGGUUGAGUAUUGGGUUUUGGUUGAUUUUGUUGGCGACGGGUUUGGGGCCUUUCUUCACUUGUCCUUAAAUGUGUGCAAAGUAAAGCUAUGAUUACAAGUUCAGAUCAAGAACUUAGUUACAUGUUCAUAUAUUCUGCUGUCAUUGAUAAGAUUGCUAUUAGAAGUUUCACUUUUUGAUAUGAAUUUCUAGUGGUUUUGUUUGGGGAUGCAAGUGUGAGAAGAAAAUUUUGAAGUAUCAGCGGCGUUGAUUGUUGGAUUGACUGAAGAUGAAAGGGUGUGUGUCUGAGUAAGAUGAGAAUGCAUCAACAAUGAAUUACAUGGUCGCCUUUUAGCAAUGAUGGGACACAAAGGUUAAUGGAUUGUUCCUUCUUGUUGUACUGCUUUUAUGGCUGCAAGUCAAACUGAUUUUCCACUAUUAAGGCUUUGUUUUCUAAGGAGAGGCUGAUAACAUACUCUGUUGGAUUGGGUAAUAUGGAUAGGUAGUUUUCUGUAUCAAGAAGCAUAUGCUCCGAGGAAGAGGUUCGCUUGUCGCAUUGGGUAUUUGUUGAAAGAAAUUGGAGUUUAGAGAGAUCAGGUUGGUCUGGUUUUGUUUCUAUGGCUUCCAUUAGAAGGACACUGUCUCCAGUGCCUAGACCUGGAACUUUAGUAAAUGGGGAAGCAUGUUCAGUUUCUUCUCCCUUGUCUAAAUCCUCUUCAUGCACUCAGCACGACCCGACACCCGUUGGUAUGAUCCCAUCUUUUUUUGGUAGAUUUGACUAUGUCUUGGACAGGACUCAAGCUCUUAUACUUGGCCUUUUCUCUAGAAGACAUUCUCGGCCUUUAGAGAGGCCAAAACCAAAGGGACAGACUUGGAGGAGGUCUUUUGUUCAUUUUUUCAUAUGCUUUGUUCUUGGAGUUUUCUAUGGACUUGCCUCGUUUGGUUCGACAAAUUUGCCUUUGAAUCAUAUCUCCAAAAAUCAGGCAUUCUCCUUCGAGCGACCUCCUGAAAAAGUUCAGAUGUCUGAUAUUUUACUGGAAAAUGUGACACCAUUUGUGGCCGAUUCAACUUUGAAUGACAAUGCACUAGUAGGGCAACUGAAACUGAAACUUCUAAAUGGGACUUCGAAUGAUCCCCUUGCCACCCAAUCACUCGAUCAGGAUUUGAAUAUGACGGUUCAUAAGCUUUUGAUCAUUGUUACCCCAGCUUAUGCUCGACCAUUUCAAGCUUAUUAUCUGAACCGUUUAGCGCAAACGUUAAAACAAAUUCCACCUCCCUUGUUGUGGUUAGUUGUGGACAUGGGCUCUCAGUCUACAGAAACAGCUGACAUAUUGAGGAGAAACGGAGGUGUUAUGUACAGGCAUCUUGUAUGCAAUAAGAACCUAACUGACAUGAAAGAUAGGAGUGUGCACCAAAGAAAUGAAGCGCUGUUCCACAUUGAAACACACCGUCUUGAUGGAAUCGUUUACUUUGCAGAUGGUGAAAACAUCUACUCCAUCGAUCUCUUUGUACAUUUGAGGCAGAUCAGGCGUUUUGGAACAUGGAUGGUGGCCAAGUUGAUGGAGAGCAAUAGUAGAGCUCUCCUGGAGGGUCCUGUAUGUAAUGGAACUCAGGUUAUGGGGUGGCACACCAAUGAUGAAGUGACUCAAAGAUUCCCGAGAUUCCAUGCUGAAAUGUCAGGAUUCGCAUUCAAUAGCACUAUACUUUGGGAUCCAAAAAGAUGGCAACGACGCAGUCUUGAGCCGAUUAGGCAGCCUGAUGCAGUCAUUGGAGGUUUUCAAGUGAGCUCAUUUAUUGAACAAGUUGUGGAGGAUGAAAGCCAAAUGGAAUGCCUACCUCAUGACGACUCAAGAAUCAUGGUUUGGCACCUUUAUGUUGGAUCAUCAUAUUACUAUCCGCCUGAAUGGUUUCUCAAUAAUAACCUACAUGUCAUGGCUUCACUUUCUUGAAAGUGUUGAUGUGACAAGAAUUCCAGCUGGAAAGGCUAGGGAAAGAUCAGUGAGGGUCACAAAGUUAUGUGCUAGCGACAUUUAACCUACAGUCCAGCAAUCUGCUCAGAACGCUGAUAUGCAAUUCAUAGCCAUAGAUCUGCGAGUAACCACGGGCUAAUUUUGUUCUUCUCUCUGUACUAGGCUCUUCUGUAGAUUUUUUGUUGUUAAAGGUAGACAUUGUGUACAGUUGGUUGACUUCUUAGUUGUCUUGGUUUGGCUGCACUGGGCGAAAGUAGCAAAAUGCAGCCAAACAGGUAAUAUGGUGAUUCAAAUUCCCUACCAUUUUUCUGGUUAGAGAGAGUCAAGAGACCUAUUUCAUCGGCUGCUUGCUUUUUUCUCUUUCUUUGCUAAAUUUGUUAACUGCUUGAGUAAACCAUUGGGAGUUUUGAGUUCAAGAUAUCGUCUGGUCUACCGGCUUUGUGAUA